UCCAAUCACAACCUAAUUGCUCGGCUCGUCUCCGCCCCCGUCCCCCCGCCCCCCGAGCUCCCGAGCCUCCCGUCGGCUCCCGUUGCCGCUUGCCAGUCCCCACAACACCACCGCUUCUGCCACUCCCAAACCCCAAGCGCCACCCCCUCCGCCACCUCGGCCAUGCUCCUCUCCGGGCCGCCGGAGGCGCCCACUCCGCCGCUGCUCCUUCCGGAGAGCAGCGGUGAGGACGGCGGCGGCCACGACUCCUCCUCCCGCGCGGCGGCGUCGGCGGGAUCGGCGCCGAAGAAGCGCGCGGAGACGUGGGUCCAGGACGAGACCCUCAGCCUUAUCGCGCUGCGCCGCGAGAUGGACGUUCACUUCAACACCUCCAAGUCCAACAAGCACCUCUGGGAGGCCAUCUCCGCCCGGAUGCGGGACCAGGGCUUCGACCGCUCCCCGACCAUGUGCACCGACAAGUGGCGCAACCUCCUCAAGGAGUUCAAGAAGGCGCGCAGCCACGCGCGGAGCAGCGGCUGCGGCGCCGGAGGGAACGGCAACGCCAAGAUGGCCUACUACAAGGAGAUCGACGACCUGCUCAAGCGCCGCGGGAAGGCAGCCGGCGGCUGUGGCGGAGCCGGGAAGAGCCCCAGUUCCACCUCCAAGAUCGAGUCCUACCUGCAGUUCCCCACAGAUAAGGGCUUUGAAGACGCUAACAUUCCCUUUGGUCCUGUUGAAGCAAAUGGUAGAUCAAUGCUGAGUAUCGAAGAUCGUUUGGAGGAUGACAGGCAUCCGCUUCCCUUAACAACUGCUGAUGCAGUUGCAACGAACGGUGUAAACCCAUGGAAUUGGAGAGACACCUCAACUAAUGGUGGAGACAAUCAGGGCACUUUUGGUGGGAGAGUCAUUUUAGUAAAGUGGGGUGAGUACACUAAAAGAAUAGGAAUUGAUGGUACUUCUGAAGCAAUUAAGGAAGCCAUUAAAUCAGCAUUUGGACUAAGAACAAGACGGGCUUUCUGGCUUGAAGAUGAAGAUGAGGUUGUUCGUUCCUUGGACAGGGACAUGCCAAUUGGAACAUACACACUUCAUCUUGAUGAUGGUAAUGGGAUAACAAUCAAACUCUGCACAUUUGAAGAUGCAGACCGCAUGACAGAAGAUAAGACAUUCUACACUGAAGAAGACUUCCGAGAUUUCCUCUUACGGCGUGGUUGGACACUCCUCAGGGAGUAUGGUGGCUAUAGAAUUGCCGAUACUCUGGAUGAUCUUCGUCCUGGUGCCAUUUAUCAGGGGAUGCGAUCACUUGGUGAUUGAUUUUGCUGCAUUUGCCUGACCAAGGCAUUUUUUGUCAUUUGUGUCAAGUGGAAGUGGGGUCUCUGAUUAUAUGUAAAUGUAUGCAAUCCCGGUGUAUUCAGCCAGUACUUGGUGCCAUUUAUCAGGGGAAGUCUGAAUAAAACGAAUUUGCUACUCUA